AGGGGCUGCUUUUCUGGGGGUAGUUAGUGCUGCAGGUAUGUUUCUCGUUGAGCAUUAUAGGCAAGACAAAGUACGCCAUGCCAUGGCAAAAGAUUUAGCUCGUUUGGACCAAGAACUUUCCCAAGUUAGAAAGGAACUGGAUAAUUUGCUUACGAAAACUAGCGAAAAAUCCAAUAAAUCUAGAAGAAUUAAAGUAAAAAAGGCCAAUUCUAUAGUAUCAACAUCUACUGGGGAUGAAUAUUUAAGCUCAACCAAUCUCGACAGUUCUGAUCUAGAAUUUUAUGAUCUCAGUGACAACGAAAAUGACAAUAACUCGAUCAAUAUGGAAGAAAUUUUGAAUAUCAUAGAUGUUAAAUUGAAUAGUGGUGUCUUCAAAGAAGUACAAGAGGCGCUAAUGAAAUUAAGAGAUUUGUGUAUAGAGCACCCUGAAAACUCCGAAUUGCUCUGGCGUAUUGGGAAAGCCCAUAAAAAGAUAGCAGAUUUUAAUGAUGACAAAGAAGUGAUUAAAGAAAAUGUAUUUAAUGGAAUUGACGCUUGUGAAGCAUCGCUGCGAUUCAAAGAAGACAGCUCAGAGGCCCACAAAUGGUAUGCCAUUCUAGUUGGCGAUCGAUGUGGUUUUGGGUCCAUUUCUGAAAAACUUUCUGAUGGAGCUCUGUUCAAAAAACACGUGUUAAGAGCUUUAGAACUAAAUCCCCUCGAUGGAACUCUACACCAUAUGAUGGGCCACUUUAAUUUCGAGGCAGCUGGAUUGAAAUGGUAUGAACGGAAGGUGGCAUCAACCUUUUUUGGUGAUCCUCCAAACUCUACCUAUCCUGACGCCCUUCAGAACUUCUUGGAAGCUGAGAAACAUAUAAAUUACGAUUGGAAGUCGAACAAAUUGAUGAUUGCCAAAUGUCAUAUACAAAGUGGGGAAUAUAAAGAGGCUGUUGAGUGGUUGGACAAGGCCAAAAAUUGUAAAAGUGAUGAUAAACUGGAUGAAGCCGAAGAUUCUGAAAUAAAGGUUCUUUUGGAAAAGUACAAUAGCUAUAGGUAG